AUGAAACAUGUUCUUGCUUCUCUGUGUCUUCUUGGAGCUUUUCUAGAUGCCUUGGCUCAAUGCACUGUCCCAGUCUCAGAGUUUCAACUGGAUGGAGAUUAUUUGUUAGGUGGAGUUUUUGAUAUUCAUCAUAGUGUUACCGUUUAUCAUGACAGACCCGAAGCCAUCAACUGCUCCAGUCAACCUUUUAUUCUCUCAAGUUAUCGGCGGUUUCAGUUGAUGAGAUUCUCUGUGGAGGAAAUCAAUAACUCCACCAACCUCCUGCCAAAUGUAUCUCUGGGCUAUGAGAUAUUUGACCACUGCUCAGAUACAGACAAUUUUCCAGGCAUUUUGAAACUCCUCUCAGUCAAUGGCUUGAUCCAACCUUGGGCUGAACCACACAAGAAACUGUCCAAAAUAAUGGCAGUGGUCGGUCCUUUUUCAAGCACCAACACCCUCACUAUAGCCCCACUAUUCAUGAUGGAUUUCAUUCCUUUGAUCAGUUAUGGAGCUGCUUUCUCUGCCCUUGAAGAGAAAGAAAGAUUUCCCUCUUUCCUACGAACAGUGCAUGCCAAUAAAAAUGUCAUUGAAGUGAUUGUUAACAUUGUGCAACACUUCAACUGGCGCUGGGUUGCAUUUAUCAACAGUGAUAACACUUUUGGCGAAGAUGGCCGGGAUUUGUUUAUAAAGAGGAUUAAGGAUACUGAGAUUUGCCUGGCAUAUACCAAAAGUCUCAACGACAACACAGAUUUCUCACUAAUUUUCAAACAGAUAGAGGCACAGAGGAUACACCUCAUUAUUGUUUUUGCUCAGAAAUUAAUGGCUGAAGCUUUCAUUGAAUCAGCAAUAAAACUAAAUGUCACCAACAAGGUGUGGAUAGCAGGGGACACCUGGUCCUUAAGCAAAAGGCUCCACAAAGAGAAAGGAAUCAAAAAUAUUGGAACUGUACUUGGAGUGUCUCAGCCAGUAGUGACAAUACCUGGCUUCAGUGAUUUUAUCUAUUCUUCCGAAAGCCAGACUCAUUGUGAAAAUGCGGAACAAAAUAUGCUUUGUAAUCAGGUUUGCAACUGCAGCAGUCUGAGUCCAGAAGAAAUCCUUGCUGUGGACCCAUCUUAUUCCUUUCCGGUUUAUUCUGCUGUACAUGCCAUCGCUCAUGCCUUACACAAUACGUUGCAAUGUGGUGUUGAUAAAUGUAAUGGCAAUAUUACAGUGUACCCAUAUAUGGUUCUCGCAGAGCUGAAGAAGUCAAACUUUACACUUUUAAAUCAACAAAUCCAAUUUGAUGGGAAUGGUGACCCCAGGUUCGGAUCCUAUUCUAUAGUUUUCUGGAACCACAGUGGUGAUGCAGAGGAGAUUGGCUUUUAUAAAUUACACCCAUCAGUCAAGUUCUUCAUCAACAAAACCAACAUUCAUUGGUACACAAAGGGAGAAGUGCCUAUUUCACUGUGUUCCCCAGAAUGUGCUGUAGGAUUUGCAAAAAACCCAGAUGGAAUCCACAAAUGCUGCUUUAAGUGUGCAAUCUGUCCAAAUGGAACUUAUAUCAACAUCACAGAGGAUCCCUACAAGUGUAUCAACUGUAAGGAAACCGAAUGGUCUGCAGCAGGAAGUACAUCAUGCAAUCUGCGGGAGGUGGAGUACAUCCCAUUCACAGACAGUGGGGCUAUACUGAUCAUGGUUUCAGCCUUGGCCUUGGUGGGCCUCACACUAGCCAUGUCCGUUCUCUUUGCCAUCAACUACAACACACCUGUUGUCAGAUCUGCUGGGGGUCCAAUGUGCUUCCUAAUUUUCGGCUGCUUCAGUCUGUGUAGUCUUAGUGUGUUCUUUUACUUUGAUAAACCAACAGUUUCCUUUUGUAUCUUAAGGUUCUUACCAUUUCUCUUGUUUUACACGGUUUGUCUAGCAUGUUUUGUUGUGCGCUCUUUUCAAAUUGUUUGCAUUUUCAAAAUGGCCGCCAAAUUCCCUAAACUCCAUACUUGGUGGAUGAAAUAUCAUGGACAAUGGCUGGUCAUCACUGUGGCAUUUGUUACUCAGGCGCUCCUACUUCUUUUUGGUUAUACUUUCUCCCCUUCCAAACCCUACAAUGAAACAGUUGAGUACCCAGACAAAAUCAUACUUGGUUGUGACAUUAAUCUCAAAGCAUCCUCUGGUCCUGUGGUUUUACUUUUAUCUUUGUGCUCUCUUUGCUUUAUUUUCUCCUAUAUGGGAAAAGACCUCCCAAAAAAUUACAAUGAAGCCAAAGCAAUUACCUUCUGCCUGCUCCUGCUGAUCCUCACCUGGAUCAUCUUUGCCACUGAAUACUUACUUUACCAUGGCAAAAACAUCCAAACACUUAACGCCUUGGCAGUACUCUCCAGUCUCUACUCCUUUCUGUUGUGGUAUUUCCUCCCAAAAUGCUACAUCAUAAUUUUUCAACCCCACAGAAAUACUCAGGAGUACUUCCAAGGUCUCAUUCAGAAUUAUACCAAAACAAUUAGCCAGUAG